AUGGAUACAAGGCUUUGCGAAUCAAUUGUCACAAACGACGUCUCUACUUUUAUGAGCCUAGUACGAGAUAAUGAGACAAUUAUCGAACACAGAGGUGUGAAAACCUUGAACACAGUUUUACACCUAGCUUCAAGAUUUGGACAUCUUGAUCUGGUAUCCAGAAUUAUCAAGUUACGUCCGGAUUUUGUUGAGGCUGAGAACUGGAUGCUGGAGACUCCAUUGCACGAAGCAUGUCGUCGAGGCAAUGCCACUGUCCUAACGCUGCUGUUAGAGACAAAUCCCUGGGUGGCUUGUAAGUUGAACAGUGAAAACCAGAGUGCAUUGUUCAUAGCAUGUAGUUUUGGGCAUGUUAACACGGUAAAUCUUCUCUUAGGCCUGCCCUGGCUACUGAGAUUAGAAGAAGAUGAGAUGGAUCAAACUUGUCUUCAUGUCGCUGCAUCGAGAGGGCACACGGAUAUUGUUGGGAAGGUAUUGCAAGCAUGCCCGAACCUCGCUCAGAAGAGAGACAAGAAUGGUUAUUCUCCAUUGCACUGUGCUUGCAGCAGAGGGCACUCGGAAAUUACAAAGAUGCUUCUAAACCUUGAAUUGGAUGUCGAGCUGCAAUUUGACUGCAACGGUUUCGCUCCAUUGCAUUUGGCAGCAAUGAAUGGGAAAGUUGCAGUCCUCAUGGAAUUUGUGUCAGUUAACCCAAGCUCUUUUAAUUUUUCCACAAGAGAGGGAGAAACAGCAUUUCACCUUAUGGCCAGACUCAACCAAUAUGAUGCCUUCACAUGCUUGGCAAAGUUUUUCAACAGCACCGAUCUGUUUCACCGACCAGACCAUCUUGGUAACACCAUCUUACAUCUUGCACUUUCUGGAGGACAUUAUAAUUUAGCAAACUACAUCAUCAGUCAAGUACUAGUGGAUUUGGAUUAUCGAAACUAUAGAGGAUAUACUCCGCUGGACAUCCUUGAACAAGCUGGAAGCACUUCAGAAAUUGAGCGCCUUAAAGAAAUGUUAAAGAAAGAUGCAUACAAGACGAACAUUGAACAGUCAUCUGUUACAACAGAAGCCAAAGAAAUCAAUUGCCAGCAAUUUCCUCAUGAAAGCCCUCGAGAUACACUUGAACGAGUAUUCAAAAUGAUUCUUGAAGCUGGGAGUUCUGCACACAACUGUGAGUUGCCCACAUUGAGCACAGGACCAAAUUCAAUAUCGGUGGAUUCUCACCGGAAAGCUGUGCAAAAAUCUGUAGUUCUGGCAGAAAACCCAUCUGAACCAAUGCCCUCAUCAAAGGAAACUAUGGGUCCCAAUGCCAAUUCAGAUAAAAUAAAGCAUCUGAGCCAAAAAUACAGGCAGGAAGGCAUUGAAAUUUACAGAAGUCACAAGGAACAACAUGAGAUAUACAAAGAGGCACUACAGAAUGCCAGGAACACUAUCACAGUAGUUGCCAUUUUGAUUGCCACAGUUACUUUCAGUGCAGGAAUAAACCCGCCUGGUGGUGUGUACCAGGAAGGAACCCUGAAAGGACGGUCAACAGUGGGCAGAACAACAGCUUUCAAGAUAUUUGCAGUGAGCAACCACCUUGCAUUGUUCAUAUCUCUCUGCAUCGUCAUCAUUUUAGUCAGCAUAAUCCCCUUUCAAAGAAAAACACUGAUGAGGCUGCUAAUAAUUUCUCAUAAGGUUAUGUGGCUGGCAGUUUCAUUCAUGGCAACAGCUUAUGUUGCAGCUGCAUGGGUGAUCACACAUCAUAGUCAUGGGACGGUAUGGACACUUGAGAUUCUAUUGUCUGUCAGUGCAGGGAGUGUGGGAUUUGUUUUUGUUUAUGUGGGGGUUAUGUUGGUUCAGCACCAGUUAAGGAAGAUGAAGCGUCGGAAAAAUCGGAAUGGAAAAUUAGCAAAGACUAUUUCUGACAUCAGAGACAAAAGCCAGUCACAAUCUAGCAACUCUGAUGUAUACAGUGCGCAGUUUCAAGGAUGUCAUGCAUAUUGA